CAGUCACCAGUGCGUGUGUGUGUGUUAUGUUUCUGUGCAGGAGCCAAGAGGGCAGAAAGGCGGAGGCCAGGGGGGCUACACAGCUAGCUUGACCAUUUCUUUCUUCCAGCAAAUCAGAUUCCUAACUCCCCCGCCCUCCCUGCGUUGCCUCCCUUCUCUCAGUUGGUACUAAUACUUCUUUGGUUGAUUGUUCUUCCUCCUUACUCGUCAGUCAAUCAAUAUCAUCAUCCAUCUCUUUUCUUUCUUUCUCAGCUCCUCGUUUCUCUGUCCUUUUUUUCCUGAAUUUAUGUUUCCUUUGGUGCACUCGAUUGAGGGGCAUCCUUGAUCAAUGCGUUUUAUAUUCUUGAUUUAUUUGAUUAGUCAGUCGAUUUUGGAUUCUGCGUUCUGAUCGUGACGCUCUGAUUAAUCUCAUUUGGGUUAGAAUUUGAUGUAAUUUGUGUAUGUUGAUUGCUGAAGACUGAAAGUUAACGCCCUUUCUAGCGGUACCUAAUCUGCUAUAUCUUAAGACAAAGUUGAGAGAUUGGCUAUCUGAACUAUGAUCAGGCAGGAUUUCUGUCCAACUAUUCUAAAAACCUUUAUCCCAAAUCUCAGUUUCCAGAUUAGUCAGUGGGCUGGUUGAACUAUUGGUUCAUGACAUUCGCCAACAAAAAAAAAAAAAAAUUGAUUGACCGGGGGUUGCUCCACAUAUCUUUUCUGGAGGUCGUUGAUUUUAUCAUUCUGGAGGUUUGGCUACUUCAUUUAUAUAUGUUGGACUGAGUUUACUUAAAAAACCAUUAUUAGAUUUUGGUUUUGGGUUGUGCUUUCUUUCACUUUGAAGCCUUCAAUGGCUUAGACGAUUUUAGUAGGUUAUAGGAAUAUUGAGCAUCUCAUUCUUUGCUCGUUUUUCUGGAUUGUGCAUGGAGUGUCUUCCUGUAGAGGUCAUUGGGAAUAUAUUAUCCCGGCUGGGGGCUGCUCGUGAUGUUCUGAUUGCAUCUGCAACUUGCCGAAAGUGGCGAGAAGCAUCGAAAAAUCACCUUCACGCCCUUAGAUUCAGCUCCAAUGAUUGGCCUGUGUACCAUGACCUGACUACAACUAAACUAGAGAUUAUCAUAACGCAGACAAUUUUCCAGACUAAUGCACUCCAGUGCCUUUCAAUAAUUAUGGAUGAUGUUGAUGAGUUCUCAGCUGCCCCAGUGAUUGCUUGGCUUAUGUAUACUAGAGAUACCUUGCGGCAAUUGCACUACAAUGUCACAACGACACCAAAUAUUAAUAUACUUGAAAAAUGCAGUCGACACAAGCUGGAAGUAUUGAGGUUGGCUCAUAAUACAAUAACGGGGGUUGAGCCUACUUAUCAGAAAUUUCCUUGCUUGCGAUUGCUUGCUCUUAGUUAUGUCAGUAUAUCAGCUUUGGACCUAAGUCUUUUACUGACCGCUUGUCCAAAAAUUGAGGUUUUGACUCUUGUCAGUCUUGAUGUUGUCAUGUCAGAUCCUCAGGCAACAAUGGAACUGAGCAGUAACUCAUUAAAGGAUAUAAAUGUUGAGGCUAUUAGUUUGGACAAAUUUAUACUUGAGGCAGAUAGUCUUGAGAAGUUGCACUUAAAAGAUUGCACGCUUGAAGUGUUUGAGCUUGUUUGCAAGGGGUCGCUAAAGCUCCUCAGGAUUGAUGAUGUUAGUGUUAUCCAUCUUGACAUUGGUGAAAGUGCUGAAAAUCUUGAGGUUGUGGAUGUUGGCAAUUUUACAAUCAUGUGGGCAAAGUUUCAUCAUAUGAUUUCAAAAUCAUCAAAGUUGAGACGGCUCAGGCUUUGGGGUGUUGUGUUUGAUGAUGAUGAUGAGAUUGUAGAAAUUGAGACUAUUUCGGCAUGCUUUCCACUUUUGAGUCACCUGUCACUGAGUUAUGAUCUAAGAGAGGCAGCACUUCAGUAUGGGUUGCAAGGUUCUUUCCAAUUGGAGAACAUUGUUGUGCUGGAGCUUGGGUGGACGGUAAUCACUGACUUGUUUUCGCACUGGGUUGCGGGACUUCUGGAAAGGUGCACUAUCCUCAGGAAGUUGGUGAUUUAUGGUAUUGUGUCAGAGACCAAGACCCCUGAAGAAUGCCAUGCCUUAGCCAACUUUUCUUCGUUCAUGAUAAAGUUAAUGAGGAAAUAUCCUGACGUGGAAGUUCAGUUUAUAUACGAGUAGAUUUUCCAUGUGGCGCAAUUAUUCGAUGUCAAAUAUGGAUUUUGCAAGCUGCAACAACACGCUCAGAUGAGGUUCUGUUAUUCAUCUUCUCCCUGUCAGUAUCCAUCUCGUCCAUUCUGACAAUUUUUCGACUUCGAGCAAUUGUAUAUCAGUCAUUCUUUUAUGUACAUCUUGUGUUUGUCUUUAUACUUUGCUCUUCAUUGCCGAACUACUUUUGCUGAUCAUUGUCUUUUCUGUUGAAAGAGUUGUGUUCACUUAAUGCAAGAACUUGUCCUUUGCCUCACAGUUGUACAAACUUUUGUGGAUUCUAUUGUUUUGGAACAUUUUGUUGAAAUAUUAAAUGUUUGAUUUUCUGGAUC